AUCGGCAGCGCCGCUGGCGGCCCAACUGAUUCAAGCGAAAGACAUCGGAAAGCCACAGGACUUCAAGAACGAAGAGUCGAAAUUCAGCGAGUGGCUCCAGAAGCUUAACAGCUACGUGCUCAGCGUGUUCGGCGUGAACUUCCGGCCGGUGAUCGAGUGGGCGGUCGACCAGACGAACGACACGGUCACGCUCACCACGGCCGCUGCGAUGGAACAGUUUGUGAAUGAGGCCGAGGACGGCGAGGCAGUCGACAAUGUGGACGAGAAGCUCUCGCAGCUCUACGCGGUGUUCGUCUCGCUCACGGAGGGCGAGCCCUUCGACCUGGUGGUCAGCGCAGGCCAAGGCAAUGGGGCUGAAGCCCUACGACUGCUGGCGCGGCGCUGGGACCCUACCAGCGGCGGUCGCCGCCGCGUGCUACUCAAGAAGAUCGCGGCGCCGACCAGGGUCGCAAAGCUCGAGAACUUGGCCGCAGAGGUUGUGAAAUGGGAAGAGUUGGUCAGGCGCUACGAGAGGCGCAGAGCCGACGGUCGAGACGCACACCUAGACGACGAGAUCAAGAUGAGUGCGCUCGAGAGCCUCGCGCCGCAGGACGUCGAGAUGCACCUCGCCCUCAACCGCACCAGGCUCCAGGACUUCACUGCGAUGCGCGAGGGGGUCAGGAGCUUCCUGGAGACCAGACAAGCUCAAGGAGCCCUUGGCCGGUCGAGAGGCGAUCCGACGGAGGUAGACGCGUUCGUCAGGAGAGGCGACGGCAAGGGCAAGCGCGGCAAGGGCAAGGGCGAAGAUGACAAGGGCAAGACCGGCAACGGAAAAGGGAUGACGGCCAACGCGAACGUGACCUGCUGGAACUGCCGAAAGAAGGGCCAUCGGGCACAAGACUGCUGGAGGCCCACCGAGAGAGGAGGCAAGGAUGACAAAGGCAAAAGCAAAGUAUACGGCAAGGACCCGAAGGGCCAGCAUUUCCAACAGCAAGGCGUUCGCCGAGGCUACUUCAACAACUGCGAGGGCGACGCGCAGAGCACGAUCAGCACGCAGCUACCGGCAUCGGCCUCACAGGCCGGCAUAUGCAACCAGUCACCCGCCGCGCUCAGCUUCGACGCCUUCGAGCGCGCGCUGGAGCUGAACAGCGUGGAGGCGAAGGGUGAGAAGCAGCGCAGGGAGCGCAUCGCGAUGACGUCCGACACCCGCGACGCUGCCACGGCCUCCCCGCUCGAGCAGGAGGGCGAGUGCACCGAGGCCGACGGCAGCUCAUGCCGCACAGCCGGCGAGAUCGUAGAGGACGAGGGCGGCGUCGGCAUCAAAGGAGUGUCGGAGUACGGCAAGAGUAUGUUCCUGAAGGGCAGGCGCGCAAACAUCGGCAAGCCGCUCCUGUCCGCCUCGGCCACCGCCGCCAAGGUCUUCCAGAGCGAGGGGGGGCCCGCGAUCGUGGCGCUCAAGACGGCGGUCGCGGUGGCGACGCCGACGGUGGAGUUCCUGCCUCGAGAAUCGCCAGCAGGAGAGCGCCAGAGCAACGGAGGCAUCGAGGUUACCGCGCGAGAGGUCAAGAGACAGGUCAGGGCGAACAGGCACGCGCUGGAGGCCAAGCUCGGCAGGAAGGUGGAUGAUCACCACCCGAUCUUGAAGUGGCUGCCCCAGUACGCCGCGGCCUGCAUUGGCCGGUACCGACGCGGAACCGACGGCCUCACUGGAGAACCGCGGCGCUCAGGCCGCGACUGGAAGAAGCUGGAAGCAGAGUUCGGCGAGCGGGCGAUGUACAGGCCGCUCGCGCCAGGAGGUCGCAGGAGUACCAUGGAGGAGCGCAUGAAGUCCGGGAACUUCCUGGGCUACCACAUGCGGACGGGGGCCCUGCUCGUCAUGACGGUUGACGGUGUAGAGAGGGCCCAAGGUUUCAAGAAACUGCCGAAGGAGCAGGCCUGUGACGGAUGUCUGGAGCUGACGCAGAAGGGCAAGAUCACGAAAUCCCACGGCGACGAGUGCCGCGACAGGGUCGCAGAGCUGAUGAUGGAAGCCAAGCAGCACGCGGUCGAGGUGUUCGAGGUCGAGAAGCAGCUGGAUGAGACCAAGCUGCCCUACCGCCGCCCGCUGGAGACGGCGAUCGAGCUCCUGCCCCAGAGCCGAGGGACAUUGAGAUGGCGGUGGUGCCGGCCGGAGGCAGUGGAAGUGAACCGAGCGCUGCCAGGAAGCGCCGCGGAGACGCACCCGACCCUGGACGAGCUACCUGGGCACGAGGCGAUGCGCAGCGUCAUCAAGUUCAACAUCGGCAUCGGCAUCGAGACCGAGCCGGGCUCCAGAUGGAUCGAUGGCCGCACGUUUAUCAUGAUCUACGAGCUGGCGAUGUUCGAGAUGCGGACGAACGCCAACGUGAACGACGCAGAGCAGGCGGAGGAGAUCGCGUCACUUCUUACCGAGCUGUGCGCAGUGGACAUUGCGGAGACUGGCUGGGAUCUGCGAUUGCCCGAGCAACGAAAGGAGUGCAAGAAGCAGCUGAAGGGCGAAGACCCGCUGCUGACGAUCACCAGCCCCCCGCGCAUGCCAUUCAGCAACUCACGGACGCUCUCGGACUCAAAGCGAAACCCGAAGAUCGCGGAGGCGGAGAUCCUGGAAGGCGAGACGCACUUCAAUUUCAGCAUGGAAAUCUGCAAGGAGCGCUACAAGGCAGGGGAGCAAUUUUCUCACGAAGCACUUUGGUCAGCGAGUUGCUGGUACCGCCCAAGCGUUCAGGAGGUCAUGCUGUCGGCAGGCGUAUUCUUAGUCCAUGGACCUAUGUGCCGCUGGCACAUGCAGGCGACCGACUCCAACGGAAAGUUGGGCUUCGUUCGGAAGGAGACCGGGUGGCUCACUAACAGCGAGCUGCUCGCCGAGAUCCUCAAAGGCUACUGCCGGUGCCCCAGGGGUCCGAACGGAGAACUCGCCUGCCAUGUUCAUUUGGUGUUCGCUGAGUACCAGGGCGACUACUUCAUCGACGAUCUCACGGGCGAGAUUUUGGACUCCGAGGGCGUGCGAGCCGCGAGGCAAGAAGAACUGGAUUGGUGCCGCGGGAGGCAGGUAUGGAAGAAGGUACCCAGACGCGAGAUGCUCGAGAACGGCAAGAAGGCAGUGACCUUGAAGGGGCGCGAGAUGCUCGAGAACGGCAAGAAGGCAAGGGCGACCGAACUCAACCACGGCAUCGUUCGAUACUGGUCGCGAGCGAUGGUGACCAUCUUCGUCGGCCGCGUGAACGACGCCUACCACGACGGCGAUACAGAGGAUAUCAUUUACAAGUUGUACGACAUCUCGAGGGCGCACUUCGGUGGAGAGGUGAAUCGCGAGGAACAGAGCGUGGUCUAUCUCAACCGGGUGUUGAUCUGGAACCCCUUCGAGCGCUCGGCCCACCUCGAAGCGGACACCCGGCACUUGAAGAAGGUGAGCAGGGACCUGGGCUGGGAGAAUGCGAAGGAGGUGACUACCCCGGCUGUUAAGAGGUCUGUCGCGGAGAUCCCGAGUAGUAACCAGACCUCGCCGAAGCUGGACGACGAGAAGGUGAAGACCUACCACAGCGUGACCAUGCGGAUCAUGCACCUGGGUCUGGACCGGCCCGACAUCAGCUACAGCGCGAGCAUGCAGGCUCGACGCAUGAAGGAGCCGAAGGAGACCCACAUGGAGGAUUUGAAGCGCAGUGGCCGCUACUUGAAGAGGUACCCCGCUGGAAGGUUGCCGUUUCCCGUUCAGAGGCUGCCUAGAAAGGUCUUCGUUUAUUGUGACAGCGACUACGCGGGUGAUCCGAUUACGAGGCGUUCCCGAAGUGGAAUGGCCACUCUAUGGGGAACGCAUCUGCUGAAACAUGGCAGCACGGUCCAAUCCGCGGUGAGUUUGAGCAGCGGCGAGGCCGAGUACUAUGCACUACUGCGUGGAGCCUGCCACGGUUUUGGAGCACAGGCCACUUUGGCCGACCUUGGAGUCGAGGUGGGCUACGAGAUGGAGCUUUACAGUUUCAGCGAUAGCUCAGCCGCGAGAGGAAUUGCAAGCCGACAGGGACUGGGAGCUGUUCGACACUUGGACGUUCGAUUUCUAUGGCUGCAGGAACGUAUUCAGAGUAAAAGACUGUUGCUGAAGACGGUCGAUGGGCACUGGAACCCGGCGGACCUGUUCACGAAGGCCCUCGACCAUGACACGAUGGAGCGGUUGAUGAAGCUGAUCUGCUUCCCGAUGAAGUUCGACGGUGGCGCCGAGGAGAGGUGUUCGGAUGUCUAG